GUAACAGGUGUCAUAUUAUGAUAACGAUCGACGCAUUACAUUUAUCAUUUUGUUUAUACUUGUGAUAAAAUUUGUUGGAUAAGAAUACACUACUCUAGACCGAUAAAUUUAAUUUAAUUUGAAAACUAAUGAGCUAAUGAAUAAUGAAUAUGUUCGCAAUUUAUUUUGUUAUUAAUGAAGUAAAACAAAAACGUUUUUUUUGCAAAUAUUAGUCAACCAAACAGUUUUAUUAAUGUUUAUAUAUUUAUAUUAAUUAUCUACUUAAGUACUUAAUAUUCUGGUAUAACAAAUUUUUUUCAUGUCCUUGUUUUUGAUUAAUAUUUUGUGCCUUGUAAACAUUAAAACCAAUUAAAGCUAAUAAAUAUAACUAAUAUGAUACGAUGCUCAAUUUUUGGAAAAAAAUUCAAUCUCAAAAGAUUCAAACAUUAUCGACCCACACCAAUAACAUUGGAUUGAAUUUUACUAGUAAUGGGUUAAUGCCUCUCAAAGAUUUUCAAUUUAUUGAGAGUGGUACGUAUAUUUUAUAUUCUGUUUAUAGAAACAUUCAUGUAAUUACUUUUAUUUUUCAACAGAUCUUUAUGUUCUUGAAAAAUGUAGAUUAUCACUAGAUUUCGGUGAAGCAUUGACAUUGGAUAAUAAUACACUUUUAUCAUUGUUCAAACAAUAUUUAGACCACAGAAAUUCUUUAUCACUAUAUCAUUUAUACAUAGCAUUAGUGGGCCGCACAGAGAUUGAAAAUGAGCUACUACGUCAAAAUUUAUUAAAAAAUAUCUCAAUUCAUCGAAUCCAUUUUUCUGAUAGAUUAAUAACUAGAAUCAAUACCAAUGGUAAAUUUAUGGAUAUUGAUGAUUUAAAAGAAGUCAGAGAUAAAGUGUAUAUCAUAUUACAAGAGUAUGUAUUAUCUGUACCAUGAUAUUAAAUAUUUUAAUAUUUUUAGAUGUUUACCACAUAAACUAUAGUAUAGUUACCUUUUACAAUGUUAUUUUAACUUUUAAGGUAUUGGAAUAAUUUUGUUCAAACUGAUAUGUUUUGUAAAUAUCAAGUAGAUGUCUUGACUGGUGGACAAGUUACACUUGGUGAUAUAUUGCUUUGUGGUGGACUUCUUUCAUAUUUUAUGGAGGUAUUUUAAUUAAAAAUAUAAUGCAAUCAUUUUAAUAUCUACUAUUAUUUGUAUAAUUCUAAGUGAUUUAAAUAUUUUAUUUUUAAAUCUUAAAAAGUUAAAGACAUUUCAUCUUUUGAUAUAAUUUCAGAAUUUGGAUUAUUCUUCAUUUUCUAAAGUAGGUUGUAUAUAAUUUGUAUUUCCUAAUAAAAUAAAUAAUAGUUAUAUUAUUAGUCUAAUUUUUCGAAUAUAUAAUUUGUAAAAUGAUUAAACUAUUUUUUAAAAAGGACUUAAUCCUAUAUAAUGUUUUACACAGUGUUCCUCUUGGAAAACAAAUAGGGUUCCCAAUUGUGACGAUAUAUAUAGUAUUCUAACUGGUAUGUGUUAGCUGAGAUGCUAGCUAAUUUUAGACAGCCCACAUACUAAAAAUUCUCUAAAAGAUACCAUUUACUAUUUAGUAUUAUAUUAAAUACCAGUUGAGACUUAACAAUGGCUCAAGAGCGCCUUACACUUCUGGUUGUUAUGAUACUUGAUGUAUAACAUUUGUGUUCUUUAGCUCAAUAUAGUCAUUUUAACAUCUCUUAAAAAUAUUAUCAUAAACCAACUUAAUAAGCCUAUUUUGUUUUAUUUCAAAUUAAUAAAAGUGAACAUUUUUUAAUCUACAUUAAUGAUUUUAAUUUUCAGUUCCUUGACAGCGAGGGCUGUAGAUCUGUUGUUGAGUUCUGGCUAGCAGCUACAAAUUUUGAACGCUGUGUAGAACAACUAAAAAAUAAUUCAGAGAACUAUGAUCAAGCUCAAAGCGAUGCUAUUUGUAUUUAUGAAAAGUAACUGAAUCUUUUUAUUAUUAAAUAUUAAAUAAUUUAUGUACAAUAAUGAUCAAAAAUAUUUUAUAGGUAUUUAUCCUUGCAAGCAACAUGCUCACUUGGUUUCACAGACCAAGUAAGAAUUUCAGUUGAAGAGUCUAUUUGUCCUGCUGACAUACAUGGCCAAACUGUUUCCACAAUAGGCCAGUGUUUUAGAUCUGCUGUUUUAGUAGUAUUGGCAUUUUUACGUCACAGAUGUUUAAUGCCAUUCCUAUCAUCUCAACAUUAUGUACGUUAUUUAUCUGAAUUAAUUAAAGCAGGAAAUUCUUACCAAUCUAUGUCUCAAGAUAACGAAUCAUCUAGUUCAUCAGUUUCUGAGUAUAGUACUAAUUCAAAACGAUCAAUGUCUUCUCUAUUACCAUAUUCAGCCAGUACAGAUUCAUUAUGGAGAAAAAGACAGCAAAGGUACACCUAUAAAGUUUACUAAAAUUUAUAAUUAUGAUUUAUAAAAUUAAUUAUAAUUGCUUAUUCAAGAAUUAGAUUAUAUUUAUAUAUAUACCUUAGUAAAUCACAUGAUAAGUACUAAAAUGUCAAAUUAUAUAUUUAGGUACAGUUGGGUUAUUGUGAAAAUUUUUUAAAUAUUUCUUUUACUUUCUUAAAUGUACGUUAUAAGUAAUUUAUAAUACAUUAUAGUCUUUAUGAUUGAUAAUUAAAUAAUAUCUUCAUAAAGAAUAAAAGGUAUCAUUUUUAGAACAAUUACUCGGAUUAUUAAACUUUAGUUUUCAAUAUAUAAAUAAUAUAAUAUAUAUUAUAUACUUCAAUAAUAUAUGUUUGUAUGAAAAAUACACGUGUUAAUAAAUUUUAUUUUGUAUAUUAAAGAUAAGAAGAAAUAUGUAUACACUUUUAUGGCAUUUGUAAACAAGGAAUAGUCAAGAUAUUUUAAUGAAAUUCUAGAAUUUUAAUUUCAAACUUCAAUCUCUAUUUUCAUAAAUAUUAAUUAUUCAAAAUUUGAAAAAUAUCAUUUAUUAUUAUUCUCAUCUAUAUUAUUGUGUUAUGUAUUUAAUACUAUAAAUAUUGUAACUUUUAGAGCAUGUUACAUAAAAAAAAAAGAAAGGAAGUAACAUAUUUUUAAUACAUAUUAUUUGUUUACUCUGGUAAAAUGGAAAAAAUAUUCAAAAUAGAAAUUAUGACUAUGAUUUACAUAUUUAUCGUAUUUAUAUUACAUCAGGGUUUGGGACUUUAUUCAUUUAAAAUCCACAGAAAGGCGCUUAAAAACAUGCAUAAAAAUGAGCCUAGAAAAAAUAUUUUAAAAAGUAAUCAUGACAGAGCUCAGAGGGGUUUAAAAUGUCCACCUAGAUCCCCCCCCCCCCAAACAGUUCUAACCAUUAAAUGUAAUUAUCUAACAAUAUUAAUUGUGAUUUGUUAUUACUCUUUUGAAGAUUUUAAGUACAUUAAGGCCCAAGCAUUGUAGGGAAUAAUCAUUAACACUAAUUAGUGUUAUUUAAUAACUAGUUAAUAAUUUUGUUAUGAAGCUCAUUUUGUUUUAACUAUAAAUUAUGUAAAAAACAUUGACAUAAAGUGUAUAAUAAGUUUUAUUUACACAACUACUUAAUUUUCGCCAUCAUCAGGUUGCUGAUAAACAACGUAAUUUAAUGGUUUAUACAAUAUAAUUUAAAAAAAUAACAUAAUAUUUAAAACAAAAAUAAACAUAGUCGUUAUAAUAUCAUACAAGUAUCAUACUUGUAUGUAUUAUUAUACGCUUUAUGUCAAUUUUUUAUAUAAUUAAAUAAAAGUGUUAAAAUCUCAAUUUUAAAUAUAAAUUAUGUUUUUAGUGGAUUGAGCUUUGGUCGAGUUGAUGAAUAUGGACGUUUUGAAAGAAAUAUAGAACCAGAUCCUGAUAAGAACAAAGGUAUUAUGUAUUUUAUUGAUUAACUAGAUAAUUUUUAAUUCAUCAGUAUAUCAGUUUAACUGGUCUGUUAAGGUCUAUUGCUUUUACCAUUAUUAAAUUUCUCCACUAUAUUAAGUUGAAUUAAGUGAUACAUUGUGAUCAAUUAAUUUUAGAUCUUUGGCAUUUGAAUCAAUCUACAAAGAUUUUCCCAAGGGUUUUAUCCAUUUUUUCCGUCAUCAUUAUCUUCUCUGUUAAUUGGUAGUUUGCUUUCCAGGUGUAACUAAACCAUUUUAGUAGUUUAGUUCUGAUAAAUGAUAGAAUUUUUGGUUUAUUGUUGAAUCAUUGUAGUUUCUGGUAUUUCUGUUUCUCAAAUGUAUUUCCUAAUUGAAACAUGUUCAUCAAAGACUCCAACCCUACAAAGUACUUUUAAUUUUAAUUUUUUUUCAUAAUUUUUUAGAACCAUGUCUUACUUCCAUACUAAUCAUACUUGACAAAAUGUUUUCUCAUUACACAUUUUUAAUAGAUUUAUAAACUUCCUAGAUAGUGCCAAGAAUUUCUAAUCCUUUUUAUAGUUUAUUUCAGUUAUCAGUUUAUAAUAUAAAAAUAAUAAGUGUAUGUUUCUGCCAAAUUUAUUACUUAUCUUAGGGCAAACAUUUGGUUGGUAUUUAAUUUGCCAUUAUGGAAACCACAUUGUUAAGGUAACUAUGUCCUUUAAAUAUCUGUUGAUUCUUUCUAAUAGUACUAUUGUAAAAACAUUAUCACACACAUACGCCUGAUAACAAAAUUCCUCUGUAGUUUUUUAUUUGCUGAAUUUCCCUUUUAAAUAUCCAUCUUCACCUGUUGCUUUAUUAUUUUUAAAUUACAAAUAAUUUCCUCCUAAAAAUGUCCAGUUCCAGUUCUGCUAUGUGGUAUUUUCCUCCUCAUUUCCAGUAUUAUGGAAUAGCCUGUUGUGUUGUUUUCAAAGAAAUCUUUGAAUUAAUUUAUUAUUUGUUUGUCAUUUGUUAUAAGAGCUUUAUUUUUAUUCAUUUUUGGUUUGAUAUUUAUAGUCACUUUUAAUGAUAACAUUAAUAUAAAAUUAUUUAUUUGUUUUAGUUCAACAAUAUUUUCAUUUUUGUAUCAGUGUUUUACUUUUCUUAAAACCUUAUUAGUAAUUCUUCUUUAUUCUACAUAUUUAUCUGUGGUACGUGUAAAGCUGUCUUUCUUAGUUCAUCAUUCUUAUUUCUAUAUACUAUACUCAAAACUUUAUUUGCAUUACUUAUUGCCUCCUUUAUUUAUCUCUACAAUAAAUCUACAACCUGCAAUUCUUUUACUUUCUCUGGUUUAUUAAGUUAUAUAUAUAUUCACAUAGCUUUCCAACAUAUCCAAUGAUUCAGGGUCAUCUAAUCUCUGUAAAUUAUAAUUUUCUCUUACUGUAUUCUUAACUAUUUCCCAUUUUGUUGACAAUCUGAGAUUGAAUUGUGUAAAUGUUAAGUAAUGGUUGGAAUCAGUAUCCACUCUGUAAGUUCUCCCAUUCUUGAUACAGCUGGUGUGUCAUUUGCUUACUAAUUACAUAGCCAUUAGCAGGUAUCCAUUUGUAUUUGUGAGUAUCCUUUCUUGGGAAAAAGAUGCUUCCAAUUAUAAGUUCUUUUGACACAGCAAAGUUAAUUAACAUGAUACCAAUGUCGUUAGUAUCAAUUACUUAUUGGACAAAUUGCAGUCCUAUAUAUCGAUCUGUCCUCUCUGCCCACUUUAACAUUCAGAUUGCUAACUAUAAUUUUCAUGCAUUGUGUGAGUAAGUUGUUCGCAAUUCUUGAACUGUUUUAAGUUCAUCAUCAGUAGUUCUCAACCUUUUUAUAUCCGUGUACCAUUUACAUAUUUUGACAUUUUUUACGUACCAUGUGAAAUUUGACUAUAGAAUAUUAUGCGAUCAGACGAUCAACUACCAUUGAGAAAGUCUUAAUUUUGUAAAGCACUUUUUCAUUAAUUGUAGAUCCUUAUUCACCCACCCUCGUGUUUACCAUUUUAAGUUCUACUGUAAAAUAGUGUUGCACUAUCUUUUUUUAAAUUUCCACUAUCAAGCUAUCAUGUUUCUUGCAGUACUACAGAUCCAAUUUUUAAGGAUAACUUAUUUAAAUGCUCCUGGUUUAUUUAGUGUACUCCCAAUGCAAAAGCUAUUUUUUGAGUACAAUCGUUUGCCAUGAUUUUAAUUUAAUUUUAAUUACAUUUGCAUUUUUAUUAUUUUUAGAAUCUGGCAUUAGACGAAUGAUGAGAAAAUUUGUGAACAAAAAUGGAGUUAAGAUGCAAGAAGAUAUGGCGUGGCAAGUAGCCGAAAUGAUUGUAAAAGAUGUGACCAGUGUUACAAUGGCCAAUAAUGAUGAAGAAUAUGGUGCAGAAUAAUAUAGAAUUACAAUAUAAAAUUUUUUUUAUUUUAAAUAUUCAAUGAAAAGAGUAAAUUUAUAGAUAAUUUAUUAUAAAUGAUUUCUAUAUAAGGUGCACAUAUAUUUAUAUAAAUAUAUAAUAUUUUUAUAUUCAUUACAAAUAUUUACUAUAAUUUGUUAAAUUAUUAAUCGUUAAAUUAUUAAAUGUUUAAUUUACAAGAUAUCGCAUACUAGAAUCAAUUUUUUCCCAAAGUAUUAUUGUUACUGUUUUCUAUUUUAUUUAUACUUUAAAUUUAUAACAAAAAUACUAAUACUUUCUUCGCAUUGUAUAACUUACAAUAAUAGUUGUACAGAUAAUAUUGAAAAUGUGAACUCAAAAUGUAUUGAAUAAAUUUUUAAUUUUUAAUUGAAA